CAUUCUGGGAGUUACAGUUUGUGCCACAUAUCCGUUUGGAAACGGCAACUUUGUACAGUCAGACUGAGCCGCAACGCAACUCCAGCGGCAACAACUGCACUCUUCGCUUCAGGAUGUUUCCCCGGGACUCUAUUACAACAUCUGGAUACCGUCCGGUGGAACUUAAACGCAGACUUUGGGAAUAAUUAAAUAACUUUGGCGGCUCCAUAGCUAAUGACGAAUAGCUAGUUAAGCGAACCGUAGCGAAGAUUAGCUAACGAAGCUAACAAGCAUAUUCAAUGGGAGGUGGAGAGUGCGCUUUUCUGCAGGUUUACUCGAAACCAGAGACUACCUUUUAGCUCAUAAACAAUGCUCUAGGUCUCUGUGGACAGCGUGCGUAGUUUGGGACACCUAUAUGGCUUUUGAGAGCUACUAUGGAGUGCUGCAAUGUGGAUCAUAAUAAGCAUAAUCUGUUUUGGGGGUUGAGAUCUGUGCUGUUUUCAGCUGUGAGAGAUUGCUUUCAUUGAUUUGGCCCUUCCUUGGUCAAAUACAUACUAUGAGGUUUCCAGGGAGGUGUGUUAACCUUCUAGAGUCCAAGAAACAACCUGCACAUUACUUCUUCAUGACGUGAAGACCAUGCCAUCAGUUUCCCUCUAAACUUCUGGCUUGAAACUCCAUGCCAGAUUUUUUUUUGGAUUAUAUUCAGCCAAGUAAAACCGGAGAUAAUGUUAAAUAUAUUUAGUAUAGAAAUAUAGAACUAGAGAUUAUCCUCUUUUUACCUGUUAUAUAUACGUUUGCAACCUGUAUUCAUAUUGGCAACAUUUAAAAUUCUGUGUAAUUUUCAAGAUCAGAUUUUCCUUUUUUUCUUUUGGGUUCAACAUUUUGAUCAAGUAAGUCAAAGUUUAAAAAAAAUAAUUAUCAGGACAUAUAGGUGAGGUAACGCUGAAAAAACUGAUUCCAACAUGGCAUGGUGAAGAUUUUUUAACCGAUUUUUUAAAGGACAUACUAGUCCAAGAUUUCAGAGGGUUGAGCUGUGAUCGUCGCUUUCAUUUGCAGAGAAUGUCCGACUUUGAAAGUUCAUAUUUCGGUUUGGAGGAUCCGCAGUGGCUAUGCAUGGUCACACUUUUCUUCGCAUCUCUGGUCACUCUGAUACUGUAUUUCGUACAGUAUUUCCAACAAAUCGGUGUAGGAAAUAAGCAGACGGCAGCAGAGGACAAUGCGGCGAAGGAGGAAGCCGCAGCUCUGCUGGGAUGGGCGCUGUCACUGAAAAGCUGGAAAAGUCAGUGGAGAGGAGCCUGGUGCAGGGCUUUGAAUGACCAAUCGAGGAAGUGUGGGAGUCCUGUCCUGUUGACAUUUGACGAGGAUGAUCUUGAAGCAUCUGAGCUCAUGGUCAGCCAAGUGUCCAGCUUCCAGAAGUCUGCCAGGAACAAGGCCGCUUGCUGCAGUGUGGCUGGAGAGAAACUUCAGUUCUCUGUCAGUGCAGCAUCAACAGCCAUGGCUCCAGCAGAUCCUUGUAAAUACACAGUCUGUAUCGCUCCACUGGAGCUGCAGCUUGACCUAAAGAUGCAAGAAGCUGAUAAUGAGGUCAAGAUGAGCUGGGGAGUGUCUCACCUGGAGACCGGGGAGCUGCAGGUGACGCCCACUUUCACCCAGGACAAUGCCAACACUCCCAGUGUAGCAGCAGUAAAGGAGCAGCUGAGGCAGCUGUUGUGUGCGACGCGUCCCUCCGUGCUGCUGAGCUGCAGGCCUGCUCAGGCCUCAGAGGUCCAAGAUGCACGCAACAACAUGGUUUCACCCCCCAAACCCCCCCGCGCCCACGACUGGAAGCUGCUAGUGAAGAACAUCCGGGUGACUCUGAAUCAGGAGGACGAUGCUGCAGGCAGCAUCAAUCCUCUGUGUGUAAUGCAGUUAGACGAUCCUCCACAGAAGUUUAACACUUCUGUCUUGAAGAACACAACCAAUCCUGCCUGGGACCAGCCCUUCAUCUUUGAAUUGAAUGGACGAUCAAAAGAGCUCAAUAUUCAAUUGAUGAAUGAAGGACAACCUCAAGAGAAUUCAUUACUUGGUCAGGUGUCAGUGCCUUUUGAUCUUGUAAAGAAGCACCCCAAAGGACAGCAAACAUUUGCACUCAUGACCAAAGAUGUAGUGACUGGAUCACUAACUACUGAUUUUACCUACCUGGAGCCCAGUGAGGUGAGGUCCUGGCACCCUCCCACCCCCGCCUCCAGUAAGAGGGUGGAGAUGGACCGCACCGUCAUGCCCUGUGGCACCGUGGUCACCACCAUCACCGCCGUGAAGAGCAAGCCGGGUCGACCACUUCCACUCAACUUAGAUCCUGCCCAGAAGGUGGUGGCCAUCAAGCCCAAGCUGUCGGAGCGCCGUGUGUCGGAGCAGGCCACCAUGCUGGGGGCCCCGGUCAGCAAGGCCCUGUCCUCUUCUGACACGGAGCUGCUGAUGCUCAACGGCACCGACCCAGUGGCCGAGGCCGCCAUCAGACAGCUCCACCAGUCUGCCAAGCAGAAGCUCAAGUCCCCAGUGAAGAAGAGUACCAUCAUCAUCUCUGGCAUCGCCAAAACACCCAUGUCUCAGGAUGAUGAGCUGGCUCUGAUGGCGGGCUACGCUGCAGCGAUGGACGCCUCGAUGUCAGAAGGCAGCUCUACUCAGGAUGUGACCACAGCGAUCGCUUCAGGGACCAGUAGCCCUCCAGACAUGUCUGAGCCCCAGGAAGGCCCCAGUGGACUGGGCCGGCCUCCAGAGGACUGGGAGAGCCAAACCGGGGAGGAACUCGACCAUACCUCACUGUCCAUGUGUGUGUCUGAGGCCAGCUGCAAGAAGAGGAGAGGCAGCUUCCUUCAGAAGAGCGCCAAGCUCUUCUUCCGCCGCCGUCACCAGCGCAAGGACCCGGGGAUGAGCCAGUCACACAACGACCUGGUUUACCUGGAGAACCCGGCCACCGUGGAGCGGGCCAGCCGAACAGCCACGCUUAGCCGCAUGCUCCACCGCAAGAGUAAGAAUAAGAGCAAAGCCAACGGCUCUACCUCCAUGGGGGAGCCACAUGCGUGACCCCCUCCCUCUCUCACCUCAGUCCCUCCUACAACAACUACCAUUACCAUCUCCACCUCAGACUUGCUCUGGCAAGCUUCCUGGCUAACUUACUCCCCCUAAUGCCCAGCCUGCAUACUGGGGCUCCUGCAUUGUGAAUGGGAAAGCUGUGCAGAUGGAAAAAAUAUCCUCUUUUAGUGCCGUUUCCUGCUUCCUUUAAGGAUCAGAAAUUCCACCAAAAGCAAGUGUGUGCAUGUGUGAAUGAAGGUCUCCUGUCCAAGAUUAAUGACAUUUCAGAGGAUAUUAUUUUGCAUGUUUCAUUUAUCUAAUUUUAUGCAACAUUUUUGAAAUCUUUUAAGUGCUUUUGUGGCCUUGUUACCGACAGAAAAGGACUGUUGUGGGCCGCUACCUCACUGACACUGAGGGAAAAGAAAAGAGUAAACUCUCCCUGCUGUAAUCCGUACAUUUCCUACGGCGGACCAACAGGACCAAAGAUGAUGAGAAGAGUGGUAUUUGUAUGAUUUGCACAAUUUUAGUAUCUUUAUUUAACGUGCAAUGACAGGAGCUGCUCUUGUGAUAGAGAUUUGUGUUAAAAACAUUCACAAAGGGAGAUGAUCUUUUCACUGCACGACCGGUGCAAGUGGGAGGUAGUAAUACGACUACUUUUUGACACUAAUACUAUGAAAAAUGGUAUUUAUAUUAAUUCUUUUUAAAUCCUUGUAACUUUAUUCCAAAUUAAACAAGAUCAGAACAACAGCUGUAUGUCAUGUGCAUAUGAAAGCUGUUAAACAACCGCAAAAAUGUCUAACAAAGAUAUAGGAACCAGUCAUGUAUGAUUGGCAAGUAAAGAGUUGAUGUAACUUAACCUCACAACACCGGCCAUUAGAGGGGCUGUACAUGGGAUUCAGAGCAUAUGGACUGCCUGUAUGUGGCUUUUAACAUGGCGUUUGCAUUGGAAAUGGUGGAGACCCAAGUUUGGCAAAAAAAAUGAAAAGAACCCAAGAUGGUCCCGUUUGCUCCCGUCGUAAAUGUUCUCAUUUUACAGCUAAACAGUACACUAUAUGUUUCUGAAAACAUUUGAGGUGCGAAAUUCACA